AUGUACCUUACUCCCAAACACACGGGGCUGAUCCGCUAUAAAUUGCCCUACCGCCUGAUUGUUCUGCGGUUGAAAGGGUCGCCGCCUGUAGUUUCAGUUGUGCCAACCAUCGUCAACCAGAUCGCCCAUUGCGGCGAGUACUUUGCCAUCAUCCGCCGACCAGCAGAAUUCAGACAGCAGUUCGACGCAGCCCUCAACGUCCUGUGGCCAGGUAACGUUGUGGCCAGCUUCAAGAGUGAUGUGGAUGGCGCUGGACCUGGGCUUGGAGUCGGGCACGCGUUGGCGAAGACCGAGGAUUGCAUCGACAUCUUGCACGGUGAAGGUAAAGUGACCGCGACAUGA